CAAUCAAAUGUUAACAAUAAUGACAACAAGAAUGCUUUAAAAGGUACGCGUUCUUGCUUGCACUCCGUACUGUGAAUUUCUCGCAGAAGGUCUAGAAAAAAUGCGGCAGCCCUGCUUAUAGUUUGCUAUUAUUUUAUAGUGAAUUUUUCAAAGAAGAAGAGAGGUGUCGUUGGAUUAAUACUUAGCCCUCAACUUGUCUACUGGUUGGAGUAGUUAUUCCUAAGUUUUCUGUUUGUAUAAACUCGAAUACAAAGACCGUGAAACAUGAGUCAGUCAGACGUGAAACAUUCCCUGCGGAAACUCGAAUUUCCUGCAUGUGUUAAGGAGGCGCUUCCACGCAUAGAAAGCAUGAUCAUUGGACGUGGAAAACAGAAUUUUAUAAUGCAAUUAAUAUCGGAGUUUAUAUUCUUGGAGCGCAAUAAGGACAUGGAUGUCCGCAGGGGACAGUCGCCGCAAGCCUAUUCCACAAUGCAAAUGAAUAAAAUUCAAGAAUUUCAGUUGAUUCUGGUUUUGAUAGAGUAUUUUUCACAGCCCGGUCCAGACUCUACAAGGAAUGCCGUAUUUCUCUCUCUUUUCACAAAUUUGACACCGCAACGAUCUAAAAUCUUGUGCAAACUGAUUAGUACAUCGGUAUCAGGAUCUGUGGCUCCAUUACUAUCGGCCGCUGGCACAUGGAUGCAACAAGUAGGUUGUACAACGCCUCCUAGUUUAGAAGUGGCACAAAGUCUAGUAAGUGAUUUCAUAAUAUUUUCAAGGAAGACCUCGGAGCAGUUAAAGCAACUGCCACUUGUUGCUCCACAUUUCGCUGCUAAUCUUAUGACAGCGGUAGCUGAUUUGUAUCUGAAUGAUCAGAGAGGUACGUUAAUUCCCCCGCCCGAUGCACUGUUAGAUGUCUUUUGUGAGUGGGUUUCUGAAAAUCCCUCCCUUUGUCUGGCAUCUCAACAACCUUUGGCAUUGCCUACCGGUGCUAUAGCUAUGCCGGUGGUUACUCCGCUAGCGGGCCUCAUCAGAUGGUCUGUUUUGUCACCAGUUGUGUCGAACAAAAUUGCAUAUAGUAACCUGCACUUGGCAUUACUUCAGACUCUCCUCGAAAUUGUCAAUAAUGGUCCCCCUACAGCCUUGAAUGCUCAGCAUUUAAUGUUAAUAGCAACAUCGUUGAAGAAUCAUGCAGCUCGCUUGGUUGGUGACAAAAUUGAUCCAUUGCAAGACACAGAUUUCCAAAAGUGCUUGGAACGUUUGGCACAAGCGGUUCAAAUUGGCCUGACGUCUAAAUGUAUUUACGGUAAUAUUCCCCAAUUGUUGUGCACACUGGAAAGCCUACCGCCACAUCAGCUAAUGAAAAUUGUUAUAGCGGCAAAUAAAAGUCUCUAAUUUAAGAAGAAAA